AUGGCGACCGCAGACCCCUUUGAUUCCGCCCUCGACCUCCUCCGCCGCCUCAAUCCCAAACACACAGCCGAGCACCUUAACAACCUCAUCACCCUCGCCCCGGACCUGACCGAAGAUCUGCUCUCCUCCGUCGAUCAGCCCCUGACCGUCAAGCGCUGCAAGCAAACCGGCCGCGACUACCUUUUGUGCGACUACAACCGUGACGGCGACAGCUACCGCUCGCCAUGGAGCAACCAGUUUGACCCUCCGCUCGAGGGCGGCAACCAGGGAGGCAGCGGUGGAGAUGGUGACGGCGAAGGCGAGGGUGGUGCUACGGGGAGCAUCAUGCCUGGCGAGAGGGUGCGGAAGAUGGAGAUCAAGGCCAAUGAGGCGUUUGAUGUGUACAGGGAGCUGUAUUAUGAGGGUGGCGUGAGCUCAGUGUAUUUCUGGAAUUUGGACGAUGGGUUUGCGGGGGUGGUGUUGUUGAAGAAGUCCUCCCCAACCAAUCCCUCCUCCUCCGGCGUCUGGGACUCCAUCCACGUCUUCGAAGCCUCGGAGCGCGGCCGCACCUCCAACUACCGCCUUACCUCGACCGUCAUCCUCUCGCUUGCCACCAAGGGCAACACCCUCGGCGAGGUCGAUCUUUCGGGUAACAUGACGCGCCAGGUCGAGCAGGACCUGCCGGUCGAGAACGACGAGAGCCACAUUGCCAACAUUGGCCGCCUGGUCGAGGACAUGGAGCUCAAGAUGCGCAACCUGCUGCAGGAGGUCUACUUCGGCAAGGCCAAGGAUGUGGUUGGCGAUCUGAGGAGUGUUGGAUCCCUGAGCGAGGGCCAGAGGGAUCGUGAUGCGCAGAUGGAGAUUAUUGGAAGCAUGAGGAAAGCGUAA